CUGAUUGCGUGGUAGUCCGGUGUGUCUCAACGAACGAGAAAGUUGGAAGUGGAACAAAUCAAUCUACUUUGUGUGGAAUUCUAACAUAAUAUGCGAAACUGGUGGGCAGCAUCAGUACUACAAGUACUUUGGUAGCAGAUUUGUCAUCAGGGAACCUACGAGCACUCCAAGGAGUAAAAAGUUUGAGGAAGAAACGCAAAUAAUUUCUCGAAUAUUGCAACGCCAAGCAUGGCAUCCUCUCGUGAGCAUUUACACAUUUUCGAGAACGGCAACAAUGAAUCCGCAGAAACUCGUGGUGACCAGGGACACAGUGCUCUUGAUAGCAAAAUCAGAACCAAUAAAAAUAUUACUGCAGCGCAUUACUUCGACGGAAGUACGAACGAUAUGGAACAACAGAAUGCUUGCCAUGCGCCUCGAAACCACUUUACUCGUUCGCGGAAUCUGAGAUCUUCGAAUUCAAAUAUCACAAACUCGGAGGAAGAACCGAAAUCGGUAAGUUUCCAUCCCAAUCGCGCUUUCAUGUAGACUUUCGUCACCAUGGUGCCCUGCGAUCAUACAUUAUCAUCAACGUUGCGUAUGAAAUGAGUCAUAAAUCCAUGUUGUUGUGCAUCAAUUCGGCAAACCUACUCAGAUCGAUCGACUUACAUGAUUAGUGACAAAAAUGAAUAAAACGGCAUGUAGAGUGUUCGCUUGGAAAAACAUUCAGGAGCGAAAUCCGAUCUUUCAAUUGAUACAUGUGCUUCCAUAAUGGCAGAAUUAGAUUCGAGGUCUUACAAUAGAUCGUUACUGGAAGACGCAAAUUACGUCAUGGAGCGAAUUUUACAACCGAUGUCACUUCCAUGGACACAUGAGGUAAUUCCUGUCGCAAGAAACAUUCCUUGUGACAUCGAUGAGAUGAUUGACGUAUUGACCGCUGAUGACGGCAGCCACGCACCCUUCGCAAAUGGAAACUUCGGUUUUGGACAAUAUGAAACGGGGAGUUUCAGAAGCGGCGUAUCGGCAAUCCGUCUUGCCAACUCGUCUGAGAACUUUCGGGCUGCAGCCAGACGUUCGGCCGAGCCUGGAAUAAUACAAUUUUCUACAACUGUAUUACCUUCUACGUUACCUUCGUAUCGUCCCGAAAACUUAUCUGCGAUUCCAUUACCAUUAACCACGAGUACCAAUGAUCUUCAGGACGACGAUCGCUCUAUCAGAGGCGAAACUGAACUCAGAUGUUUUGAAGCAAUUCAAACCCUGAAGAAACGAAAGAUUGAACAAGCGCGAAGCCGUGUAGCUUCCUAUGAUAUAUCUGUGAAAAUUUCUUCUUCAAGUAGUAGAUCUACAAUAUUCACAAGUUCGUCUGAAGAGCUGGGAGUAACUGACGCAGAUAUGCCUUCCAAUACCUUGGAAGCUGUACUUCCUGUCGAAGUCGAAAACGGUAGGAAAAUGACCAAAAUGAAGGGGAAACUGGAAGCCGAAAAGCUUGGUUCAUACGACAUUCGACAUGGCUUAUCGAGUUCUCAAUCGUCGAAAAGUUCCAAGACUCCAGUGGGUAGAACAAGGCUGGUUUGGACAAGUAAAAUAUCGUCAGACCAGCCUCAGCGAGUCUCCUUUCUGUCUCUUUUGACUGGGAAAAAGUUAGAAAAUGGUGCGCAUAAGAGGCCAAGAAAUAUUGUGGUUCGUUUAAAAGUCGAUGGAAAGGUUUAUCGUCCUUCGAAAGAGGCAGUUGACGAAGAUCACGAGGACCACGAAAAAGAAUCAUAUAGUGUUGGAGUAAACCUUCAAGCCUCGCUGGAAUGCGAUGGGAUUGUGAAGUGUUUACUCGAGACGAAGCCCAAUAAAAUUGAGCUUCCGGACUCUCUCCCUCCAAUCAUUGAAUCCGUUCCUGAUAGUACCGGUAUAAUUCACGUUGUAUGUACUUCGCCUGGAACCAUCUCGUCGUACUCAGUACAACCAAGUUUGAUGCGUGCAAGCCAAAACCGUGUUUCCCGCUGUACAGUUUGUUGGAAGUCAACGGAAGGAGGUCUUGAAGUGAAAAAGUGCAUGGAAUGUGGCCUCUCAGUGCAUAUUCAAUGUUGUCUCGACCCAGGAGAAUAUAGAAUCCUAUCUACAACUAGUGAUCUCAAAAAGAAAGAACAAUGGAAAUGUUCUGUGUGUUGUUAUCGAGAGAAAGAACACGGUGGGACUUGCGGAACGACAAAUGCAUCACAUAUGAUCACAUCAAUGAAGAAAUCUAAACGAAAAUCAAUACCUUCUAGCAAGUUGAAAGAUCCUCAGUUCGAAUCGAUGCAAGUACAGAAAAGAGGCCAUUCUAACGUGACUGAUGGCGAAAUUGCGUGUGCUAUUUGUCUUCGGUCUGGAGGAGCUAUGUCUCAGAUUACUGUCGAAAGUGAGAUCGUUUGGGUUCAUGAAGUUUGUAGAAUUUGGACUGCCAAUCAAAAAGUCUCGACAAGUUCCAAAAUCCAGUCAUGUGCUCUCUGUGGUUCAAAUAGUAAUUUGUCAACGUGCUUCGGUUCAAGAAAAUAUAAAUCCCGGGAACAGACAGCGAAUAAGAUAUAUUCAUCACGACGUGUUGUUAGAUGUGCGGCAGUUGGUUGCCACGUUUUUGUCCAUCCUAUGUGUGCUCUUGUCUCGUCAUUGACAUCGCAGUGGAAGAAUGAGUCGAACUACAACGGAUCUGAAAAUCAUCCUCUGGACCGAAUCAACGUAGCAAAGAAAAGGGAUACCGUCCUUUGCUCACAAUAUACCUUGACCUUUGCUUCUGUAUGCGGAAAGACUUCAGGGGUCAGGUGUGCAACAACCAUCCCAAUUUUCUUUUGUGGUAUUCAUAAUCCAGCAAGAGAACAAAGCUUUUAUGGUCUCAAUCCAGGUGGGGAAAAGAUGAACACCAAGAAGAAUUUAAAGAUUCCGUCGUGGAAUGAGUAAGCAAGAAUCUAGUGGGGAACAAACAAGAUUUAUGGACUUGUAUGCACCUAAUUAAAAAAGGUAUACUUU